AUGAUCAUGAACAAAAGCUUUAUCCGCGCCCACUUAACCCUAACAGUCGAUUUUGCUAACCAGGAUGACAUUGACCUCCUUCUACUCCACAUAAUUUCUUGUGACAGUAGCAGCACCUUCGGCCACAAAACGAUCGUUUCCGAGAUAAAAGAUGAGGUUCACUACUGUGUGCAUUAUGAUAACCAGGCUUUUGAUGUGUACUCCAAGAUCGAAUUUCCAAUUGCUCCAAAGCAAGAACUGUGCAAUUCUCAUUUUCGUGUGGUCGGCACUUGUAGUAGGCUAAUCUGCCUUGCGGAUGAUAUCCUCCGUUAUGGUUACAACUUCUUUAUAUGGAACCCAGCCAUUAGAAAGUUAGUGACCCUUCCCAGGCCUGGAGUUACCUUUAGGACGCAUGGUGGGUAUGAUGCUUCUAUUGGGUUCGGUUUUGAUGCUAUGACCAAUGACUAUAAGGUUGUGCGAAUUGUAACUUUACAACAUGAAGAUGAGGGGCCAACUGUAGCUGAGGUUUAUUCCCUAGCCACUGGCACAUGGAGGAGUCUUGGUUGUGUUUCUCCUGCAUGUGGAACAGAUGGAGCUGCAUCCAAUGCUUUUGUUAAUGGGAUUCUUCAUUGGCCUGUAGUCUCAAACGGCGAUGGUUGCUAUUUUAUUUUGACGUUUGACCUGGGCAAGGAGGUGUUCGGUAAGAUACCUAUGCCGAAGAUUAUCCAUUGGAAUCCCAAGUGGGGAUUGCAAUUGUCUGUUUCCGAAAACAGAAAAUCUGUUGCUCUGUUUAUGAGGGAUAACAGUUGUAAAGAUUUCAUGAUGGAUAAUAGGUGUGAAGAUUCUGUUCUUGAUAUAUGGGUGAUGAAAGAGUAUGGCAGAAAGGAAUCAUGGACCAAAUUGAUUACUCUCGGUCCACAAGGUCCAGAAAGACUUUUACCCAGGGCCUUAUGUUUUAGCAAGAGCGGGGAAGUACUGUUACUGCUAACAAAAGAAGGGAGGCGGGAACUAGUUUCACUAGACCUUGUGAGCAAACAGUUUAAAAAUCUUGGGAUUUCUGGAUAUAAAUAUUGUACUGUUGAUUUUUAUAAAGAGAGCCUCCUCUUACUCGACAAGAGUGAUGCAGAGUCUUAUUAAGAGAAAGAACAGGUAUGUAUUA